AUGCUGGUCAGGUCAGCAGCCCCCCGGCUUGGCUGGUUCCGUUCGCGUGCUGCAAACAGUUCGUGGAUUCGACAGCUGGCAACGGGGCUCAGUGCGGGAGAUUCCGGAACAGCAGCAGCUCUGCCGGACGAUUACAGUGUCGCAAGUGGUAGUGACAGCGAAUUGCCACGAUAUCGCAAAAAAAUCGUCAGUCGCGCACUGGAAGUCUAUCUGAAUGAUAUUCGAGCGCACAAUAAGAUGAUGGCACGCGAGAGGGCCGAAUUCGAGCUGGGCAAACGACAUUUGGCCAAUAUAAUGGGUUUGGAUGCGAAUAACAUCACCCAGGAGGACAUCGAUAGGGCGAUUGAAUAUCUUUUCCCAUCCGGUCUCAGCGAUCGGCGUGCACUGCCAGUGAUGAAGCCGCCUGAGGAAAUUUUGCCAAAAAUGCGACAGAUUGAAUUUGACGAUGAGGGCCGACCAAAGGAUUUACUGUUCUUCACUGUGGCACCAAAGUUCUACCGGUUACUUUCGUAUGCACAUCUGGUUGCUGCAUUCGAUCAUUUGAUCUCGCUUCCCGGAGCCUAUCAGUUCAAAGAUUUAAUAUUUGAAUAUCGAAAGCCCAUUGCUGUGAGCGAAAAAAAUAUCAUUUUUCGAGCGGAAGUAAGUUUUUGA